AUGAAGAAUUGGUUCAAGGCUGUCGAACCUUUGUCACCACGUGCAUCCAAAUUGGUAGGAGCUAUCCAACCUUUACGAUGCCUGUCGUUAACGAGUCCGGCAGGAUUCACUCCUAGAGCAUUGUUUCUGGAACAAUUAGAGAAUGAUCGCAGGUCUGUCAAUAUGUUUCUCCUCGUAAGCAUGCUUGCAAUAUCUGCUCGCUUCACACCACCGCUAUGUAAACGGUUCGGCAGCAGUAGGCAGGCAUCCGAAUUCUUCGCCGAGAUCGCCCAUAUCAUGAUAGCCGACGAGAUGUGGGAAACGUGCCUGGAGAACGCGCAAGCAUUCUUCCUACUCGGCAUGGCAGACUGGGGCAAAGGUGACCGUGCUCGAAGCUCCAUCAAUAUGGGAAUCGCGGUGCGUAUGGCUGGGGUGCUCCGACUACACCGAGAAGAAACGUAUAAUCUCCCGCCCGAUGCUUCGGCGACUGACGUUGUCAAUGCUGAACGAGCAAGGCGGACGUUUUGGGUGAUUCAAAACCACGAUAACCUCUACACGCAAAAGCACCUACCGGCAUCCUUUGCGAAAACAGACAUCACGACCUUGUUGCCGAGUAGUGAGGAUGAUUUCGCGUUCGGACGGGUGCCUUUAGUACGUGCCGCCCUAGCCGGCACCAUGCCAGCUCGACAAAAUUCGUCACUAGUAUUGCUUCCCUCGCGGUCCCUGUUCGCGACACUUGUCCAGGCCCACGACUUCUGGGGGACGAUAGCUCGGGAUUUCUCUCAGGAUGAAGAAAACGCCAACACGAGCGUGGAGAUGCAGCCCUGGGUCCCCGACAGCCGGUAUAGAAAAGUCACCGAGAGUUUGAAUCAAUGGGAACAAAACAUGCCCGUGGAACAUCGUUGGUCGGCCUGGAACCUCCGGGGUUUCAAAGCGCAGCAUGUGGAAUUGGCAUAUCUGUCUAUCGUGUCCAUCAUGAAACUCAACCAUAUCGUCCCACGCCGCUUGUACCUGGAAAGUAUAGUCGCCAAACUCCUGGGUCACAGAGCCACCGCCACCGACAACGCUCCGCAGGAUUUCUGGGAGCAAAUGUCGUUCGAGCUGUUCUCAAAUGUAUGGCAAUUAUACGACAUUAUCGACGCUUUCUUUACCACCCGGUCUUCUGACGACGGAUUUCCGGCGAUGCUGGCGUUCUGCGUCUACAUCUGCGGCUCACUUGCUUCGUACCUUGUGCGCUGGCCACAGCUGUGCCGCGAAUUGUCUGCUUCGGCGAGCAAAAUACUCAACAGAGCCCUGGAAAUCUUGUCGACGUUGGAGGAGAAAUGGCCAACAGUGCACGAUUGGACGCUGGUUUUGCGCAAGCUAGCCGAACAGCCAGCCAGUCGAGACAGCGAGGCUCUGAGUGAUGUUACCUCCCAAGGAUCUUUCCUGAACUCGGCGGCGGCUACAACAAGCCAAACUCCACGUAUGACACCACGUACGACACCACGUACGGUCACUCGAUCCUCCCAUGAACGUAUUGCCGAGCCUCAUACCACAGCCUUCAAUGCGAGUGGUCACAAAUCCGGAGAUAAUCACCCGCAACAUCAUCACAGCCAGCCCGUUGCCGACAGACAGUCACCAUUGCGGUCCGUUGCUUCAAUGGGACAACAGCAGCAGCAGCAACCGCAGGCGCCUCUCGCGACCAAUUACCUCGAUCUCCUCAGCGAUACGGCAGCGCUAGGCUCGGAUAGACCUCGACUGCAGCUCAUUGAACCAUUCCACGGAAACAGGUCUACCGCGGGCCCUCAGCCUUCUGGAUCUCAGCAACCGUUCUCCCUGCCGGACUUCAGCACGUUUGAGAUGCUACAUGAUUCUUUCGAUAACGACAUGGCUGACUUUGUGCACGGUUAUGUCCAUAUGGGCUGGGGUGACUGGCAAGUGUGA